CCGUCGACGGGCACCUAGGAUUGGCUAUAAAACCACCGUCACACCGAGGCAUCGACGUCAGACGUCGUUAGUUCUCCGAACGGUGAGGAUCUCCGGUGUGCCACGCAUUCGUUUGAAGACGGUAACAUCGCACGUAACAUCGACCGGAUCAAGCCGGAGUUACCGUCGCGCCGUACCACUGUUUUUCUCACGUUCCGGAGAAUUGUCAACGCAGGAAGAAACUUUGUGCUUCCCCUUCGCGCUUCUUCGGUAAAGAAUUAUCAGAAGAAAACUAACUCUCCGGGAGCUCUUCAAAGAGAUCGACUCUUCAUCUACGUGAAAGUUUCGCGAAUUUUAAAAAUAUUUUAUCGGGGACUUUUUAUUUUAAUGUACGUUGAGAGAGAAGGCCAUUUCUCUUAAACAAUAAAAUUUUCUGAUAUUUAAUGCGUCAUUUCUGGACUGUUCGUGUCCUUGCUUGUUGAAAGUGCGAUUUACGUAAAUAUCCGAGAGUUCACCUGAGUUGUCUAACAUCGGUCACAAAGGAAGACUUUGAUAUGACAUCCUGCUGGGAAUAAUAUUGCAUCAAACCAGAAGUGGUCUCGCGAAACGAUACUCAAGAGGAUCUUUGAUUCCGCUCGAGAUAUUUGAUUAUGAACAUUAUUAAUUCAUUCGGCACGAUGUUAUUUGGCAUUCUGACAAUGUCGACGAUAAUCCUGGUGGGUUCCGCUCCUCUGUCGUCGUACGAAAGAAAGACCAGCAUGUCAGACGAUCGUCCGAAAAUUUUUCUCCUGCUGGAUCAAAGACGACCAGAAGUAGAGAACGACAUGCUGAGCUCGAAUGAUUUCGGAUUAGACGUGAUGCGCUCCAAGAGAAUCGGAUCUCUAUCAAUAGUGAACAACUUGGACGUGCUGAGACAGAGAGUUAUGCUGGAAUUGGCUCGUAUGGAGGCUCUGCAGAAUCAGCGACAGAUCGAUCAGAAUCGUCGUAUUCUCGAAGAUAUUGGCAAGAGAUCGGAUUCCGAUUAUGUGUCAGGAGCCAAUAGAACUGUAAGAUCCGACUCGAAGACCAGUCGCAAUCGAAGUGCGGCAUUUAACAGAAUCGAAUGGAUGAGCGAGGACGAACCAUUGUAUCGCGGAUCGCAGGAAGAUCGGUUGUCCAAAAUGCGGGCUAACGAACUUCAUCUGUUGUAACCGCGUCUCUUGGCCUGCGAAGAAAGAUUUCAUAAAUCCCUGAUAUCUUAGCUCUGCGCUAUGUGUUGACUUUCGGUCGAUUGUGUAAUCGUUCUUAAGUUGUUUCAUCGAAAAUUUAUUCUCUCGACUCAAACCCAUUUGAAACAAAAUCUUAACAAGUAUCUUAACAAAAUCUUAACAAGUAACGAGCAAAUGUUAAAAAUUGUAAAAUUGGCAAAUAGCGCAAGCACGCUUUUCGCUAAAGAAGUUGGUAAUAACCGGAAUGUUUCGUAGUAUAUACAUGAAAGUGUUCGACUUUUUACUUUUAUUAAUUUUAACGGUUUUUAGAUAUUCUCGUUUUGUUUUUGUCUCGAAAAAUGGAAAGAGGAAAAAACAAGAGACGCGAUUGUUCAAAAAGCCGCGACGAUGUUUGAUAGAUUUAUUGUAUAAUACUAUAAAAGAACAUUGUAUUGAAUUCUAUUGAAAGUUUUUAAUCAGUUUCAUUCUUGUACCCAACUUCUUCAGAAAGACGGAGAAGGAUACGUAACGAAGCAGUAUUACUCGUUGUGAUUUUAAGUAAAUUCCCUUGUAGAGAAUAUCUACCACUCAAUUUUUAUUUUGUAGUUAUGUAUGUUUUGUCAGUACUCGCAUUUGCGAAAAAUGCGGACAUAAGUUGAUUACACAUCCCAGCUACAAACACACACAAGUAUAUUCAUUGUAUAAGUACAUUGUAUAAAUUAUUGCUUUUGCGUAUAUUCAUUAGCGUCGAAAGGUUGAAUACGUAAGACGUUCAUGUACACCUGUAGUUUUUUAGCUCUAAAUGAGUCUGUUUUCUGCAUAAUUAAAAAUUAUCCGCAAAUAUCCGAACAUAAGUAACAAAUCUUGUAAAAAAAAAAAAAAAAAAAACAAAAUCCAGAAAUGUAUAUCCUACAUAUUUUACGAAUGUUAAAGCGUUUCUUUUGUCUGAGCUUGUUAUGUAGUACUCUUCCUAAAACUCACGUCGAAAUG